AUGGCUACGUCACUGGCCCCUCCUCCACCCACCCAACCCGCGUCACUGCCUGGCCAACAGAAACGUGUUACCUUCACCAAGGAACAGCCAGAAAUCAUCCCACAGCCCUCGAAACGACGCCAAUCGUCUGUAAACCAGCGCCCGUCCUGGAGCAGCGUUUUUCUUCUGCGCGAUCCAAAAGUGCGCGACCCUGUCGCCGCAAGAUCGAGGAGCCUAUCGCCUGGGCCGUCCAUCUUGAAGGAGUUCAGCGCCUUCAAGUCGGACGCUUCCGACGCACAACUGAAGCAGGACGAGCAUGGCAACGAACAAAAGGUCCACAUCAGUCCUUUGUGGGAGAAGAAUCUCAAGCGGCUACCCCGAGGCCGCCAGGCCAAGAAGAAUGCCCUGCCCAUUCCCCAAGCAAAAGUAUCGCGCAACGCAAGUUCCCGAGCCUUGAGUCCCGACGACGCAAGCCCGCGACAUGUCAGUCCAACGAGCCUGUCCGCACGCCAUGCAAGCCCGCGCGACGACACCUUCGACAAGUCCAUGAACGUCAUUGUGCACCCACCAUCUCCACCCGAGUCUGACGUGGAAGACGACGAUGACGACGACGACGAAGAGGUCAUCGACGACUCUGACGACUCGCCACGCCACUCGCGGAACGAUUCGCUCGAAGACGUCGAAGCUAUCGACAACCGCUUCGGCAAGAUUGACAUCGACGGCUCGUCACAUGCCCAUCGGCACGAGAAGCGAGAUUCCACCGAUUCACGCAAGGACUCGCAGGGCUCACCCAAAGACUCCCAGGAUUGGCGCGAGUCGCGCAAGUCGUCGUACGGAUCUCGCAGAGGAUCCCAGGCCUCGCGAAAGGAUUCCAAAGGGGAAGACUCGGAUAGGCCGCCGCCUCCUCGUCGACGCUCGUCGAGCGCGGAUCAGGCAGAAAUGUGGCUCCGAAAGUCUUCCAUCUACGGCGUUCGUUCCAAGGCGCCGCGCUUGCCUACGCGGUUAGGUACCAUGAGGGCGUAA